GUGGACGCCAAGGUGGUGCUGCUGGGGCAGGAGGGGGUGGGCAAGAGCAGCCUGGUGGAGCGCUGCGCCCACCGCCGGUUCCGGCCCGGGCCCUACCAGAACACGAUCGGCGCCGCCUUCGUGGCUAAGGUGAUGUCCGUGGGGGAGCAGACGGUGACGCUGGGGAUAUGGGACACGGCCGGCUCGGAGCGCUACGAAGCCAUGAGCCGCAUCUAUUACCGGGGGGCACGGGCCGCCAUCGUCUGCUACGAUCUCACCGACAGCAGCAGUUUCCAGCGAGCCAAGUUCUGGGUGAACGAGCUGCAGAAUUGCGAGGAGGGCUGCCGGAUCUACCUGUGUGGCACCAAGAGCGACCUGCUGGAGGAGGACCGGAGGAAGCGGGGGGUGGACUUCCACGACGUGCAGGACUACGCCGAGGAGAUCAAGGCUGACCUCUUCGAGACCUCCAGUAAGACGGGCCAGAGCGUGGAUGAACUGUUCCAGAAGGUGGCCGAGGACUACGUCCAGUUCAGCGCCUUCCAGGUGAUGACAGAGGAGAAGGGUGUCGACCUGGGCCAGAGGAGCGGUACCUACUUCUACAGCUGCUGCCACCACUGAGACCUCCUGCCAAAAGGGAACCGCGGCUGCCGACGGCGCAGCCGGCACCCACCGGGCUCCUCCCGGGCUUUUUUUACCUGCUGUGUUUUAGCUGUACGGGCCCUUCGGCAAGGGGCCCUGCGGACUGCUGUGCUCCGGCGUGCGGAGCGGCAGAGGCUGCCGUGCGGUGCCGGGAGCCACGGGCUGUCACCCCUGGGGACCCUCUCUCCCUGCCAGCCGGCGUUUGGCGGGAGCUGCUUCCCCGAGUCGCCGCCGUGGCCCGUUAACUUAUUCUCUCGCGGAGAUGCUGCCCGAUUCUUCGCAGAUUUAUUUAAGCGUCUUCUCUCGAGGUGUACAAUGUAAAUAAAAAUGCAUUGUGGUCUGA